CUUGCCAAGAAAAUUUCUUCGCUGUUGGGCUGCAGCAAACCGCAUCCCGCCCGUCGAGUUACAUGGUAGUACAUGGUAGGUAAUCUACAUGUAGGAGGAGUGAGAUCUGUACCUCGUCGGGAGGAGAUAGGGACCGAGGACGAGGGUGGGAUGCCAUGGGAAGAUCCCGGGCCGCCGGACGCAGGCGAGUAAAAGUGUUGCUGCCGAAUGGUACCUUUCCAGGUUUGAUUUUGACGGCACAUUCAUUUUUUUUCUACAAGCAGCAAGAAUUCGGAGUGAGAGAACGAGUAGCCGUGGCGGUGGCAAAGAGGCUUUCGAAUACAGAUCCCAUAUCAUGCAUCCCACUAUACAAUUCUUUUCCAGAAUCAUACAUACUUCUCGAUCUCCAGCAGAAGAGAAAUGAAUAUGUGCCCCUAGGACGGCACGAGAAAGAUGCCACACCAGUGGGUAGGAAGAUCCUGCCUGCACUGCUGCGCUGCACCUUGGGUGUUGCUGCGUGGAUUGACAUGCGAAUGUUGCUAUUCAACACAUGGCACGUGUUUAUUCUUAGCAUAUCGCAUCAAUCUAAACCCCCUACCAGAUUUCACAUCCCGCCCCCCGCUCCCUCUUUUGCGUGUGGACUGUGGGCGUUUGCGUGCCGAUAGAAUGACGAGAGAAGCAGGGAGGUUGAGCUUAGGGUUUCGCAGUGGUUCGUUAAUUGUAUAGCUCGACUAGCUAUCAGGCAGGCUGCGUGUUGUGUACAUAGUUGUAACAUGCCAUCUAUAAGCAGGCUAGCCAACAAUAUCUUGGUCUAUGACUCAACCACGACUGAUAUUCAUGGCCCUCGCGGCAGAAAGG